AUGAAGUCCACUCUCUUCGCCGCUGUCGCCGUCUUGGCCGCUUCCGUCUCUGCCAUGCCCUACAAGCAGGACAAGGACUGCAAGAGCCCUUUCCCCAACGUCUCUUGCAAGCCCCUCACGCUCCAGAACUACACUAUCGUCUCUGGUGACACCCUCACAACCAUUGCCGACAAGUUCGGUUCCGGUGCCUGCAACAUCGUCGCAGUCAACAACAUCAGCGACCCUGACAAGAUCUUCCCCGGCCAGAAAAUCACUGUCCCAGCCAACUGCACUGGAACCGUCGACAAGACGAGCUGCCUUCCCAACGCUCUCCAGCCAACUGGCACUCAGGACUGCGUCAAGGGUCUGUCCGUCAACCCUCCUGUCUACCAGGUCAUUCCCAAGGACACUUUCACUCUCAUCGCCAACAACUUUGACCUCAAGCUCGACGCCCUUAAGAACGCCAACCAGGGCAGGUUUGCUAGCUUUGACGCCAUCUUCCCCGGUAACACCACCAUCAUUCCCGUCUGCCAAGGCUGCUCUUGCACCAACGACAAGUACACCGUCGUCUCUGGCGACACCUUCAGCGCCAUUGCCCAGAAGGCUGGCAUCAGCAUCGGUCAGAUUGAGGCUGCCAACCCUGGCCAGAUCCCUGAGCAACUCCAGAUCGGCCAGGUCAUCAACCGCCCCAAGUGCUCGUGCAACGCUUAA